UGCUAUUGAAAUUGCGCACUCAUCUCCACUUCACUACAUUGUUGUUAUUUAGCAAUAUCUACGGAUUGUUUAUUGCACAUUAGCUUACUUAAAUAGUAUACUAUUUACUUAACACAGAGAAUACACAUCUGUAAUUUGGGCUGGACAAGAUGGCCAGCUGCAAUUUUCAGGCGCAGUUUGUAUCCAUUAUGGAGGUAUUGGCUAAAGCAGCUGUAACAGAAAUAAACAAACGUGUAGAUGAUAGCUGUGCUGUUAUACGUUUGGAAAUGACCCAAAGCCAGCGAGAUAUUGAUGUACUGAAAAGGAAGUGUCAAAUGAUGGAGAGCGAGCUGAAGAAAACGCGCAGACGAAAAGGUUUUUACCCCGUGGCAUCAGAGAGACCUUCAUAUCCAGUCAAGAUUGUUUCAAACAAGCAGAGGAGUACCUCACAGUGGAGAGACAGCGAGAUGUCUGUUGAAGGGGACUCUCAACCCCUGCCUACAGAUGUGGAGCAGAGAGUGGAGACUGAACCCAUACUGAUCAAAGAUGAGGAGACAGCAGAGGACGUGUGGAAGACUGACCCUCAGGAAGAGCUCAGGAUCACUGGAGAGGAGUCUGGUUCCAAGCCUGGGAAACCACCAUCCUUUGAGCAACGGCACUGUGAUGAAGACUUCAUCACACAACCCAACAUAUCUCCAGAAGACUCAGUGGAAAAUUACCCCAAUUCUGUUCAUCCAGAGGAACCAGGCACACCUUGGCUAUCAUCUACAGAGGUGUUCAGCACAGAGCAGCAACAGCCAGACGAGGACGAGGACUCACUAGACCUAGUGAUGGUGAAGGAUGAGAAAGAGGAGGAGUUAGAUCAGACCACGGCCCUGGCAGGACCUGACCAGUUUGUCAUGGAUGAGACUGAUGGGCAGCUGUGGACCUCUGUGGAUCCAGGCAGAGACACUGACCCUGAUGGCCACCCAGAUUUCUCCUUUCAUUCCACAGAAGAGUACUCUCAGAAUAUCUCAAUUUUCCCAUCUCAUAGUGGGCUGCCAUCCGUUUCUACUAUGACAGAUGAAGUGGGGCCAUCACUUCACACUUCUAUAUGGAAACCACAUGCUAACAUGUUCAGUGCAGCAGCACACAUGAAAAGACAUAUCAGGACAAUGGCUGAUGAGACUAGACAACAGAUGCCAGAGGGACAGAGCAGUGAGAUGCUGAACUCAAGUAAUGAAGGAAAUAGUUUAGCUCUACAGCCAAGACUGCAUCAAUACAGGGCUUCAGAAGCAACAGUGAGAUUGAGUGAGUGCAUGACAGGGUCAAACAUGGCCACCACCUCCACCUUCUCUGGAUACAGCCUGAGUCACAGUAGUUUUAACAUGGUGAAGAGAAUGAGGACUCAGUGGAGAUCAGGCGGCACCACCGAGAGGCGUUUCAGCUGCACCUUCUGUGGGAAGAGCUUCCAGCGUCUCUGCCAGCUCAAAGUACACCUCCGGAGUCACACCGGAGAGAAACCAUACACCUGUGAACAGUGUGGCAGGAGUUUCACCAAACAGUGCAACCUGAUCAGACAUGCUCUGGUCCACACCGGGGAGAAGCCUUACGAGUGCACACAGUGUGGGAAAUGCUUCACCCAGCGCUCCAAAAUGAAGUCACAUCAAAGAACUCACAUAGGGGAGGAGAAACCGUACACCUGUGAACAGUGUGGCAGGAGUUUUACCAAGCAGUGCAACCUGAUCAGACAUGCUGUGGUCCACAGCGGGGAGAAGCCCUACGAGUGCACACAGUGUGGGAAAUGCUUCACCCAGCGCUCUAACAUGACAUCACAUCAAAGAACUCACAUAGGAGAGAGGAGAUAUGACUGCACCUUCUGUGGGAAGAGCUUCCAGCGUUUCAGCGAGCUCAAAGUACACCUCCGGAGUCACACCGGAGAGAAACCGUACACUUGCGAACAGUGUGGCAGGAGUUUCACCCAGCAGUGCAACUUGAUCAGACAUGCUCUGGUCCACACCGGGGAGAAGCCCUACGAGUGCACACAGUGUGGGAAAUGCUUCACCCAGCGCUCCAAAAUGAAGUCACAUCAAAGAACUCACAUAGGGGAGAGUCCAGUGUCUCAAUGUGCGGUACCCACAUACCCUGCGGAUCCACAAACAAGUUUAAUGAUGUCUCAGAACAGAUGGAACAAAUAGUUAAUAAUUACAUAAUUUUUCUGUAACACUUUCUAUGUGAAAAUGUGGUACAGAAAGUAUUUUGAGACAUGUUGAUAAGCUUUUUCUUUCAAUUGAUUUGUGAAAUGGUUUUCAUGCUUGACUGUUGUCUGCUCCUCGUUUUCAUUUUAACAACUUAUUUACAACUGGUAACAAUGUGUAUUUCUACCACAAAAUCAUAAAACCAUAUUAUAUUCAAUCAAACUGAUUUAAUGAAAGAGUCAAUCUGCGCUUUUAGAUCAAUAAUACAGUGCCUUUGGAAAGUAUUCAGACCCCUUGACUUUUUCCACAUUUUGUUAGGUUACAGCCUUUUUCUAAAAUGUAUUA